AAUGAGAAAGGCUGUAACAAGUGUCACUGUUCAAAUAUACUUUCUGAAGCCAGAGACGCCGCCAUGAUUCAAGGUGGAGUCAAGGAAACAGUUCUUGUCUUGAGGAAAGAGUAAUUUGAUGUAAUCUUUAAACCCGAAUGGUGAGACACCCAGUGGGAAAUGUGUUUGCAACAUGUCAAAACAAGGUGUUGGGAGGUAUUUUGUCUUCAUUAAGAACAAUGUGAGCUCAGACUGGAAGGACCUGGCUUGGUGUCUGGGGUUUGCGACACCAGACAUAGACAACAUUGACGGCAAACGGCGAGAUGACAAGUCUCGCUGUAUGGAACUACUGCAGGAAUGGCACAAACGGAGAGGAAACACGGCCACCAUACAUGUGCUGAUGGAGGCACUAAAAGAUGCACAGCUACAACUUGUUGUGGACAGUCUGAAGGACAAAUAUCCUGAGCUAAAUGAAAAGCAAAAAUCACAGAUGAGCAGCUUUGCACUGCUUCCAGACCUUCCUGUACAUCUAAACUUGGGCGUGGUGCAGCAAGAAACUGCUGCAAGAGCGCACACUGGAGACAUCGAUGCCCUGGUCUCAAAGCGGCUUUUGGAACUAGAGAGAACACUAUUCACCGAAGACGUGCUAAAAGACCGCAGACGUUACAAGAGAGCACAACAAUCUUUCCUGUCACACAAGGCUUUUUUGUUGAAAGAAGCUGUGAAGGGAUCGUUCAUCCUCCUCCUGACGUUCCUGCGCCAGACUGAUGUGGACAGGUUCUACCACAACCACUACAGGGUGGGGGAGGGUUCCCUGUCUCAACAACUCUCACACAUCCUCAUCUCAGACGACCUACAGGACAAGGUCAAGGGCGCCCAGCUGAUCGUGAGGCUCCAGGUGAAGCAUGAAGACUAUGUGCGAGUACGAGACAGACUGGGACAAGGACUGGACCGUACCACUUCUGCUGACAACCUGCUGGCCCUGCCACCCCUCAGCAGACAUGUGGACCAUUCUAGCCUGAGGGGCCUAGACCUGGCUGUGAUUGGUCGAGAGGACCAGCCCUGUACAGACGGGACUGAUGACAUCACCACACCAUACAGACAAGUACAGUCAGCCGUAAGAACAACUAGAGAGAAAUCCAAACAAGAGAUGAAAGGUCAGCGUGAGAUGAUGCAAGGGCAGGUGGCAGAGGAUGUAAAAAUGCUGAAGGAGCAAAAUGAGAAAGCUGAGAGAAUCCUCCUGGAACAGAAGGAAGAAAUGAAGGAGAAAAUACAGCAGCUUCAGGAGACCAACAAGAGCUUGGAGGCCAUAAUAUAUGAGCUGCUGACUGCCAAGCAACCAGAGGGUGGAACUCAGCAACAGUAUCCAAUGCAAACCAUGUUAGACCAACAUUCCAUGGAUAACCCCACAGCAACAAUUACAGAACAAGUCAGACAGUCAGUGGUUCAGCCUAAAAGGAAAGAUACAAAUGUCAGACCAAUCAGGGUGGGACGACCAUGGGUGAGGAAAGUCAGGUUUGGGGGAAGUGGAUCAGGCAGGGGGGAAUUUUUCUGUCCUUGGGGAGUAGCUGUCUCACAAGACAAUGAGGUUUAUGUUGCUGAUUGGGAUAACACCAGAAUCCAGGUGUUCACAAUGGAUGGUGUUUACAUCAGAGAGUUCAUAACAACUCUGCCAGGGGAAACUGGGGAAAUGUCAUUACUACCAGAAGAUGUUGCUGUAGAUAGAAAUGACAACCUGUGGGUGGUGAGUGGUGAACAUGUAGUGCAGUAUUCCAGGGAAGGUACCUGUUUGGUCAUAAUAGAUCUGCCAUAUGUUGGAUACCUCCGUGGCAUAACUGUAUCUAUGGCAACAGAACAGGUGAUUGUUACAGAGUAUGAUGGGGAGAAUGGCCAACUUCAAGUGUUUAACCAAGAUGGUUCUGAAGUCGGGACAUGGGGUUCAGGUCAAAGCUCACCAGAGCCUUGGUGGCCACAAUCUGUCACUGUAGAUGGGGAGGGGAACAUUCUGGUCACUGAUGUCAACAAUCACUGUGUCCAUGUCUGGGAUGGAGAGGGGAACUUCAAGUUCAAUUUUGGGAGUGAGGAAUCUGAUGAAAGUCAGUUUAAAUAUCCUAGAGGCAUUUGUGUUGAUGGGAAGGGAAACAUCAUUGUGGCUGACAGUGGAAAUGGUUGUGUGAAAGUGUUUGACAGUCAGGGCAGAUUUCUGUGUCACAUUGGUAGUGGUAUGAAGCAUACCUGGGCUGUUGCUGUGUCACCAGGUGGAGAUGUGGUGGUGACUGAUUGCGAAGAUGACACUGUAUCAGUCUGGACACAGGGUUAGUGCUGUAUCAUAUACAAGGAACAGAUUAUUCACAACUUGAGUUGCCAAGCAAAAUCUUUGGUGUUCAUUGGAUUAUUUACAAGCAGUGUCCAUUUUUCAAUAAAGAAUAUCGGUAAAGGAAUUUUGCUGCUCAUUCAGACACAGAAACUCAACACAUGAAAUUAACACAGUGUGUGUGAAGCUUUGCUUGUUGUACAAGUCGAUCAUUACUAU